CCCUGUGGAGGGCUGCCUGGAAUCUCUCAGCCCCACCUGCCAGACAACAUCUUCACUCCCCUCACCUUCUCUCCUGUAUCCUCCUGAAAUUUUAAUCUCCAUUUUGGCCCACCUGGACAAUGCCUCCCAACCUCACCGGCUACUACCGCUUUGUCUCACAGAAGAACAUGGAAGACUACCUGCAAGCCCUAAACAUCAACAUGGCUUUGCGGAAGAUAGUGCUGCUGCUGAAGCCAGACAAGGAGAUUGACCAUCGAGGCAACCACAUGACAGUGAAGACCCUCAGCACCUUCUGCAACUACAUUCUGGAAUUCGACGUGGGAGUUGAGUUUGAAGAGGAUCUCAGGAUUGUGGAUGGACGGAAAUGCCAGACAAUAGUAACCUGGGAGGAGGAGCAGCUGGUGUGUGUGCAGAAAGGGGAGGUCCCCAACCGAGGCUGGAAACACUGGCUGGAUGGAGAGAAGUUGCAUCUGGAACUGACUGCCAGGGAGGCAGUGUGUGAGCAGGUCUUCAGGAAGGUCAGAUAGCCGAGAGGAGCUGAGGGCCUGCUCCAGACAGUGCUGGGCGUCCACCGAUCCCUUGUGCUUGUGCCCCCUUCAAACCCAGAUGUCCCAGCUCAGCAGUUUCUUCCUCAGGCCACUUCCCAUUUCCCCUGCUUCCUCCCUCCCCAUGUUAACCUGUAACUUGCAGCCCCCAGGCCAAAGUCCUUUGUUUCUCACAUUCCACUACCCUAUAGUCAGUUCAAGGUCUGACCUUCUGAAUGAAAGAAGCAGACAAAGGGGAAAGGGCCUUUGAGAAUGACCACCUCCACUCUCCCUCAUGACUCUUUUGGCCCCUUACUUUCCUUCUAAGAAAGAACUCAGCUUUGGGCAUUUGAGGAUUAGUGAAAAUUCAAUCUUGGUGGACCUUUUGGAAAACUGUGAUGGGGGUUCAAGAAUUUAAACAGAAGGUAAUGGUAGCUCCAUUCCUCCUUUUCCUUGUCCUUUUUCUCAAGAAAGCCUU